AUGAGUUCAACAUCCCCAAGAGUUAUUUUUAGAAAUGGAGAAAUUCAAAAAUUUAAUGAGCCAAUAAAAGCAGCAGAGCUUAUGUUGGAAUCUCCGAAUUCAUUUUUAGUUAACUCCAACUCGUUAAUAGUCGGCCGAAGAUUUUCCCCUCUGUCAGCCGACGAAGAGCUAGAGUUUGGUAAUAUUUAUAUCAUGUUUCCUAUGAAGAGAGUGAAUUCCAUGAUUACAACAAAAGAUAUUAUUUCCAUUGGAAAACCGGCACCAGAAACUGAAGCAACGGCGGAUAAAUUGCUGGAGAACGAUGGGUUUGGACCGUUAGGUUUUCCCAAGGGACCAGAAUUUAGGUAUAGGGUGAGAGUGUCAUGUAGAUCAAGGAAGCCUUUGUUGGAAACAAUUAUGGAAGAACAAAUCAUGCCUUCUCAAAGAUUUGAUGAUCGUAGGAACUUUGCUGGAACCUCUGUCCCACCCGAGGAAAAUAUGGAGGGGAUUCACCCUACUUAUAGAGUGCAGAUCCGGUCUAGGGUCCCUACUCCUGACUGCUUCACCUGGGGUUCCACUGGUCCCUACUAG